UUAGUCGUUUGUGUGGUUGGUUGUACAGUUGUACAGAUUUUCCUAUAGUGAAUAUUCACUGAAAUAAAUAUAGAAUGGCUAGUCAAACUCACGGGAUUCAGCAACUUCUAGCUGCUGAGAAACGCGCUGCUGAGAAGGUUUCAGAAGCCAGAAAACGCAAAGCAAGGAGGCUGAAGCAGGCCAAAGAAGAAGCCCAAGAUGAAAUCGAGAAGUACCGCAAGGAACGUGAACGUCAGUUCCGUGAAUUUGAAGCCAAACACAUGGGUUCCAGAGAAGAUGUUGCUGCUAAAAUCGAAGUUGAUACUAAACAAAGAAUUGAGGAAAUGAAUAAGGCUGUUUUGAGCCAGAAAGCACCAGUUAUUCAAGAAAUUCUCAACUUGGUUUAUGAUAUUGAACCAAAAAUGCACAAGAAUUAUCGCAUUUAAGAUCUUCAGUAUUUUCCUUAAAGGAAAUUAAAACUAGAUAUUAGUUGUUAUACAUGGUGUUGCAUAUAGAUGUUCAUUCCAUUUUACUGUAUAUUCUUUUUUUAGAUACGUUUAUUUACACUCCUAAGUUUUACAGGGUAAACUAUGAAGUAUUCCCAGAAUGCCUAAUAUCUUGAAUUCGUUUAUUGUAAAUAAUAAUAGCAGAAAAAUAUACUGUGUACUUAAUGUUGAUGCCUAUUUACUUUUGAGCUACAAAUUAAGAAAACCCCAAUUUAUAUCACCAGAUAGG